AUGACCAUCACCUCAACUACAGGUAUUGAGACGAAGAAACCGCAGUGGCAGCACGACCUCGAGCGGGAUGGGUACUGCGUUGUCCCCGGUGUUGUGGACGCGGCCGCUUGUCGUGCGUUCGAAGAGUCCGCCUGGGCGUGGCUGUCCGGCUUUGGGCUAGGCUUCAACGUCAACGACAAGUCGACCUGGACGGCGGCCCACCUGCCCUCCAGCGCCUUCGGCGGGCUCUACUACCAGCACAGCGUGCAGCACGAGUCCUUCGUGUGGGCGAUUCGGACCUUUGAUGGGAUCAACGUCUCUCUCCCGCUCGGGCCUCAGGGACAGCGCGACAUCCAGCCAACGAAGCCGUGGCCACACAUUGACUCCGACCCCCGCGCGCCGUUCAGUUUGUACCAGGGCAUAGCCAACCUGGCGCCGAACGGGCAGAAGGAUGGCGGGUUAUGCGUGCUCCGUGGUUCGCACUUGCUCCAUUCGCAGUAUCCCGCCGGCUUUGACGGGCCGGCAACGGACGCGCAUCGUUUCACGGAAGAAGAGUUCGAAUGGUACCAGUCCCAAUGCGAGACCGUCAAGGUGUGUGCAGACGCUGGUGACCUGAUCCUCUGGGACUCGAGAACGGUGCACUGGAAUUGUUCGCCAGUCGGAACGCAGCCGAGGCUCGCGACGUAUGUGUGCUACUGUCCCCGGGACGUGGCGGACGAGGAGGCCAUGGAGCGCAGGUUGACGCUGUGGAGGGAGAGGAAGGGGUCGACGCAUGCUCCGCACAAGGGGCUCAUGGCGAGGGGGCAGGAAGAGCCGCCGAGGAGACUGGACGGGAGCGAGGGGGGAUGGCGGACGGUGCCGAAGAAAGAGGCUAUGGAGACUCCAGAGGUGCUCGCACUUGUCGGCUUGCGGCCAUAA